UGAAGUGGAUACAUAUAGAGCUCUUCUGUUAAGUGGUACUUCUUUCUACAAGUUUAGACAUUGCAAGAUGGGCAACGCGAGCAGCCCGUGUCAGGCCGGACGGAAGGGCUCAGUCGGCGGCCGGCAAUCAGCAGACAUGGAGGGCAAGGCUUUUCUCACCGAAGAGGCAGCGUACAAAAACCUGCAGGACUACUACAACAAGAAUGGCAGCAAACUCGUCAUUAAUCAGUUAUUCAAGGAAGACCCGGAUAGAUUCAAGAAGUAUAGCGUAACAGUGCCGACUCCUGAGGAUGGGGAAAUUUUGUUUGAUUUCAGCAAAAAUCGUAUCAAUGAUGAGGUCCUUAAAUUACUGCUAGACUUGGCCCAUGCAAGAAAUGUUGAAAAGUCGAGGGAUGCCAUGUUUUCCGGUGAAAAGAUCAACUUCACUGAAAACCGUGCUGUCCUUCACAUUGCCCUCCGUAACCGAUCUAAUGCACCAGUCAUGGUUGAUGGAAGUGAUGUAAUGCCUGCAGUUAAUGCUGUUUUGGCACACAUGAAAGAUUUUUGCGGCAGGGUUAUUUCAGGUGAAUGGAAAGGCUACACUGGUAAAUCUAUCACUGAUGUUGUUAAUAUUGGUAUUGGAGGCUCAGAUCUGGGACCACUGAUGGUGACAGAAGCAUUGAAACCUUACGCCAUUGGACCCAAUGUCCAUUUUGUGUCCAAUAUUGAUGGGACACACAUGGCAAAGACCUUGAAGUUAUUGAAUGCUGAGACCACCCUCUUCAUCAUUGCCUCCAAGACUUUUACAACACAGGAGACCAUCACUAAUGCAACUUCAGCCAAGAAAUGGUUCCUUGAUGCUGCAAAAGAUCCUUCAGCUGUGGCCAAGCACUUCAUUGCGCUGUCAACCAAUGGUCCAAAAGUGAAGGAUUUCGGCAUUGAUGAAGCAAAUAUGUUUGAAUUCUGGGAUUGGGUUGGUGGCCGGUACUCUCUGUGGUCUGCUAUUGGAAUGUCCAUUGCCGUCCACAUUGGAUUUGACAACUUUGAAAAGCUGUUGGCUGGUGCUCAUUUUAUGGACAAUCAUUUCAAGACUGCCCCUCUGGAGAAGAACAUUCCUGUAUUGCUUGCACUUCUUGGUGUAUGGUACCAUAAUUUCUAUGGUGCUGAAACCCAUGCCUUGUUGCCAUAUGACCAG